AUGGACCUCAAGAACCUCCCGGAGGUCGGCCGCGCCCCGGACUUUGCCGUGGACCCCACGCUGCAGCAGCUCCUGUCCAAGGGCCUCAUGUCGCUCUGCCAGGUGCAGCCGAAGGGCCUCGCGGCCGUGAAGUGGCUCAGCAGGUGGCUGGACGAGAACAACCCCAACAAGCUGGCGGCCGAGGCGGACGCUCCGAAGUUUGCGCCCCCCCAGCGGACCAGGCAGUUCGCGGAGUACGGCGUCAACGACGAGGGCAUGCCCUUCGCCGUGGAGCUGCCGCCUGCCGCGCUCCCCAAGCCGGUCGUGGAGGUGGACGUGUCCGGGGAGGCCCCGACGUACCGCAACACCGCGCUGGUGAACCCCUUCGUGGUCUUCGUCCUCGGGGGGCCGGGCAGCGGAGAAAGGGCACGCAGUGCGCGAAGCUGCGCGACGAGUUCAGCCUGA